AUGCCGCAAGGGAAGCUCCUUUCUGUCGAAGAGAUAGGAAAGCACAACAAUCCGUCUGACUGCUGGAUUGUGGUUGACGGCCAAGUUUGGGAUUUCACAGAAUUUCACGAGGAUCAUCCUGGUGGCUCAGCAGUCAUCCUGAAAUAUGCUGGGAGAGACGCUACUAAAGCAUACAGCGAGGCACACUCGCCAUCUGUGAUCAAGAAGAACUUGCCACAGGAUAAGUUUAAAGGGGUUUUAAAUCAAUCCACUGUCAAUGACGAAUGGCUGAAGGAGUCACCGACAGAAAACGCUCGUGUCGUACUCGACAGCGGAAAACCGCCCUUGACAACUUUGAUAAAUGCUUAUGAUUUUGAGACAGUGGCUUCAAAAACUGUUAAUAGAAAAACAUGGGCAUUUUACUCUAGUGCCGCUACAGAUUUGAUCACGCGGGAUGCAAACAGAUCAUGCUUCGACCGAAUAUGGUUUCGACCACGGGUUAUGAGAAAUGUUCGUAGCGUCGAUACUCGUACAACAAUCCAGGGAGUGGACAGUAGUCUCCCAUUGUUUGUCAGUCCGGCAGCAAUGGCAAAGUUGAUUCAUCCCGAUGGAGAGUGUGCUAUUGCUAGAGCAUGCGAGAGCCGCGGGAUCAUGCAGGGAGUGUCGAACAAUUCAUCAUUCUCAGUUGAGGAGUUGGUUCAAGCGGCGCCGAAUGCUAGCUUCUUUUUCCAGCUGUACGUGAAUCCAGACCGUGAAAAGUCGGCGGAGCUUCUGCGCCAAGUGUCUUCACUGCCACAAUUCAAGGCAAUCCACAUCACCGUAGAUGCAGCCUGGCCGGGUAAGCGAGAGGCAGAUGAACGAGUGAAAGCAGACGAGAACGUUUCCGUUCCCAUGUCAGACGCCAAAGCCAAGAAUGACAAGAAAGGCGGCGGGUUUGGCCGACUGAUGGCUGGGAAUAUCGAUCCUGGGCUGACAUGGGAUGAUAUUGCUUUUGUUCGAAAACAUACCCAUUUGCCAGUAUGUCUGAAAGGAGUCAUGUCGGCAGACGAUGCCAUUCUAGCUAUGGAAGCCGGGGCCGAUGGGAUUCUUCUCAGCAAUCACGGUGGUCGUAAUCUUGAUACUAGCCCACCGUCGAUUAUUACAUUACUUGAGCUUCAGAGGCGGUGUCCAGAGGUGUUUGACAGGAUGGAAGUCUAUGUCGACAGUGGAAUCCGACGUGGUACUGAUAUCCUCAAAGCGAUGGCUCUAGGAGCGACUGCAGUUGGAAUGGGCCGCAGCAUGUUAUUUGCAACAAAUUACGGACAGGAAGGCGUUGAGCACUUGAUCGACAUCAUUCGUGAAGAGUUUGAGACGGCGAUGAGAAAUAACGGGAUAACUGAAGUUGGCGAAGCAGCUCCAGAGAUUGUUCACACAGGAGAUGUGGACCACCUCGUUCCAGCCAGUCGAUUGCAUCCAUACGCGCGCAAGGUGACUAGACGUAGUCAGAAAUCUCGAGUUUCCAAGAUAUAG